AUGGCCCGAAGAAAUGCCGGCUCAAUGCAGCGGGAGGGUUCGGCGGGGUCGGUUAAGGACUGGUCGGAAUUCGACCCCUCGCCGUCCCCCAAGCUGGCGUACUCGCAGUCCUACGUCGCCAUGAGAGGGUUGUUGACGUCGGUGGCUUCUCUUGACCCUGUCCUGAUUUCGAGCAGCCUGAAGUCUCUGUGGGCGGCCUUGUCAUCACACAGGCACGCUCGGUCCUUGGAGAGGCCAAAGUACAAGGGGAUGAACUGGAAGAGGCCCAUGUUCCAUCUGCUUGUGUGCUUCUUGGUGGGAGUUUUCAUUGGAUUCACACCGCUCUUCUCUCUCGAUUUAUCCAACAACAUAGAUUCUGAAAACGAGACGCUGCCGUUCGAUGGAGAUGUGGUUGACAGACAAAUGCUGGAACUUAAAAGUACAAAGUUGGAGCCGUUUGUGGCUGCGGCAGAGACUGAAGCCACCGAAGAACAACUGGUUGAUGAGAGUCCUCCAGUUCCUGCGAUGUUGGAUGAUGAGGCGGACUUCAUUGAAGCGUCGCAUGUCCAACCUUCUGUUAAUGACUCUGACUUUGUUGCGAGGAAGCAGCUGAUAAUUGUGACGGCGACUUCUGUUCGACCACACCAGGCGUAUUACUUGAAUCGUCUGGUUCAUGUGUUGAAAAAUGUACCACCUCCUCUUCUGUGGAUUGUGGCGGAGUGGCCGUAUCAGUCUCGUGAAACAGCGGAGAUCCUGAGGUCUUCUGGGGUUAUGUACAGACAUCUUAUCUGCAAUAGGAACAGCACAAACAUAAGGAAGAUUAUUGUCUGCCAGAAGAACAAUGCAAUUUUUCAUAUCAAGAAGCACCGUUUAGAUGGUAUAGUACAUUUUGCUGAUGAGGAGAGAGUGUACUCAGUUGAUUUAUUUGAAGACAUGCGAAAAAUCAGGCGCUUUGGUACGUGGCCAGUAGCAACACAUGUUGGAGCCAGGUACAAGGUGGUUUUGGAAGGGCCCGUUUGUAGGGGUAAUCAAGUCACUGGAUGGCAUACAAACCAGAGAAGGGGUGUACCUCGUCGAUUUCCAAUUGGUUUCUCUGGGUUUGCUUUUAACAGCACUAUACUUUGGGAUCCCCAGAGAUGGAACAGCCCCACUUUAGAGUCUAUUAUACUCCAUUCAGGUGGCAGAGGUGGCUUGCAGGAGUCAAGAUUCAUCGAGAAGCUUGUCGAGGAUGAGACUCAAAUGGAAGGCCUCGCAGACAACUGCACUCGGGUUAUGGUCUGGAAUUUCGACUUGGAACCUCCACAGCUGAAUUACCCUACUGGCUGGCUGCUGCAGAAGAACCUAGACAUCAUCGUGCCUAUAACAUAA